AGCCCGCCAGGCCGGGCGGGGAGCAACAGCCCCAAGCGAGGCUCCGCGUCCCCGCUGCAGCCGGGCCCCCAACCCCUGGGCCGGCCUCGAGCCGAGCCUCCUCCCCCGCCUGCCGCUCUCCCCGGGGCGGCGGGGAAGGGGAUGCUCGCCGCUUAUGGAGCCGCCGUCGGCGAGCCCGGCGCUGCUGAGCGCCCUGUCCCGGGCGGGGGGCAAUGAGAGCGGCGGGGAGGCGCCGGCAGCUGACCCCGCCGCCGGGGCGGAGGAGGCGGGCUGGUCGGGCGCGGCGCUGGCCUCGCAGGCGCUGCUGCUGGUGCUGAUCUUCGCCCUGUCGGCGCUGGGCAACGGGGCCGUGGUGCUGGUCAUCGCCCGGCACCGGCAGCUGCGCACCGUCACCAACGCCUUCGUGCUGUCGCUGUCGCUCUCCGAGCUGCUGGGCGCGCUGCUCUGCCUGCCCCUCGCCUUCCUGCGCCUGCUGAGCCGCCCGCGCGGCGCCUGGCUCUCCGGCCGGCGCCUGUGCCUGGCCAGCGCCGCCCUGCACGCCGGCCUGGGCAUCGCCGCCACCCUCACCAUGGCGCUGCUCGCCUUCGACCGCUACUGCGCCAUCGUGCGCCAGCCCCGCCGCAAGAUGGGCCGCCGCCGCGCCGCCCAGCUGCUGGCCGCCGUCUGGCUGGCGGCGCUCGGCUUCGCCGCGCCCUGGUACCUGCUGGCCCAGGCGGCGGGCGGGGGCCACGGGGCCGGCUCGGGCCGCUGCACCUACGUGCUGCUGCCCUGGGGCUCGUCGCGGCUGGGCCCGCCCUACAGCGCGGUGCUGAUCGUGCUCUGCUACCUGCUGCCCUUCGCCCUCAUGUGCUUCUGCCACUACAACAUCUGCCGGGCCGUGCGCCUCUCCGAGAGCCGGGUGCGGCCGCUCACCACCUACGGCCACCUGCUGCGCUGCUACGGAGAGAUGCGCACCGCCACCACCGUGCUCAUCAUGAUCGUCUCCAUCAUCUGCUGCUGGGGGCCCUACUGCGUCCUGGGGCUGGCGGCCGCCGCCGGCCACCUGCCCUUCUCGCCCACCGUGGACGCCGUGGCCAGCUGGAUGGCCUGGGCCAACGGCGCCAUCAACCCGCUCAUCUACGCCGCCCGCAACCCCAACAUCGCCAUGCUGCUGGGCCGCAGCCGCGAGGGCGGCUACCGGACUAGGAACAACGUGGCCGCUUACCUGGCCGCCCGGGGCCAGCGCCUGGAGGCCCGCGGCCGGGCCGAGCCAGGCCGGGAGCGCUACGCGCAGCAGCGGCCCGGCGGCCACGCCGCCAGCACCCUCUCCUCCUCCAGCCCGGCCAGCGGCGGCGAGGUGGCCAUGUGGGCUUGCAAGAACCCGGCCGUGCUCUUCUGCCGCGACGCGCAGCCCGACACGGCCUCCCAGGCUGCCCUGCCGCCCAAAUCCGACACCGCUGAUACCAGCCUCUGAAGCGGCCGGGGGGGACCCGCUGGGAAAAGCUGCCUGACAGCGAGCUGGCUCGGGCUGUGGAACAGGUGCCCACGGGAAGGACCGGGAGACCUGUGGCUUGGGCCGUUUGUAACUAGGGCUUUGCUCAGCCUAGUUUCCGGGGAGCAAUGUGCAGUAACCAGGGGGCUGCACUGGAUGAGCUAGUGGGUCUGCUCCAGUUCUUAAUGCCGGCGUGGGAGACAAAGGAAGUACCCAGGGGCAGGUGCGCUGGCUCUCCCCAUUUCAACAGGGGAUCAAAGGUGCAGGGGAGAGCCGCUGAAAUGAGCCCAGCACAGCUGCAGAGAGAGAGAAGGUGGCAGUAAUCACCCUGUGAGCUCAUCUCUGUUUAGCAAAAAAAGUGCCAAUAGGAAGUUAAGGACAACACAAGCCGCCUGAGCAUUGGAAACUGUUAAGUGCCAAAA